CUCGGCAGCAGAGCAGAGCAGAGCACUCGCUCGCAUUGCGACCUUCUCGCACUACAGUAGACUGCAGCUCGUCGACUGUAGUAUCUCCCCCCUCUAAAAUCCCUAGAGCAGACAUACAGACAUGCUGGACUCGCGCGGCAGCAACGAGCUGGAUCUGGCGUACAUGCCGUACCACGAAGGGCUGAUGAACCACAACGCGCCGCCUGUGCGCGGCAGUCUGUCCGUGCGCGUGCCGCCGCCGCAGCACUCGCAGUCGAUGCCCACGACCUCGUACUACGGCGACAGCGACGACGACGACGACGUGUCGGACGACCCGGCCUGGAUGAACGCCCCGCGCGGCAGCCUGCAGCCGGCGCUGCCCGCUAACCUCAUGAAGAAGGCGUCUAGUAUCUCAGUUACCGAUACGCAGGCUUCGAGCCCCGUGUCGCCCAGCACCGACGAGCUUACGUACAGUGGAGAAGAGGAGGACGACCAGGACAAGCAGCGCAAGCACAAGAAGGAUGACGACGACGAUGACGACGACGACGACUACUUCCCGCCUGUGCCCAAGAUGCAGUCGCCGCCGCCGUCGCAGCCGCGACGCAAGAACUCCCCGCCCACUGGCGGGCGCCGCAGCCAUUUCGAGGACAAGCUGAGCACGGACGUGAAGCUCCGCAAGUCCAAGAGCAUGGCCAAGAACCAGGCGCCGGGCAACCCGUCCGACUCGAAUCUCGUGGUAAACCUGGGUGUGCCGCGCAACUCGCGCGGCAACUCGGAGAUCGGCCGCUUGUCGGUGGAGAAGAAGCCUGCCGACUUGGACUCGGAUUCGGCCGACAGCAAUCCUACGUCACCCGUGCAGAACAACAGCCGACCGACGACGCCCGCCACGACGGCAGUGGGCGGCAGCAACAACGGCUACCGCGACAGCAUGAUGCGCUACCGUCCCAGCGACCUCAAGCCGCAAGACCUCACGACGGCCAUGAUGGCGCGUGAUAGUUUGGCCCCCGAAAAUUUCGAGAGCACCCGCAGCGUCGACCUAUACGCCAGCAGCCGCAGCAGCAACAUGGACCAGUACGGCAGCGUACGCAGCAGCAACGCCUUCGACAGCAGCCGCAGCAUUGAUCCUCUAGCGAGCGGCCGCAGCACCGACCUAAUGAGCGGACGCGGCUCUGUCAUGCACUUCGGCCCGCGUGUGACGGAGGAGGGUCUCUCGGACUACCUCCGCGCUGUGAAGACGGGCAACCUCCAGCUGCUGCGCGCAUGCCUGCAGGACCGAAACACGGACUUCACGGAGCGCGACCCGGUGCACGGCCAGUCGGCGAUGCACAUUGCUGUGCGCUUCGGACAGCUGCACGCGGUGCAAUUGCUGUGCGGCAAGAAAACGCGGGGUCUGCUGAUUGACGCCGUGGACAACCGACAAAACACGCCGCUGCACCUGGCGGCGGCCAAGUCGCGCCGGAUCACCAAGUACUUGCUCGAGCACGGCGCCGACGCCUCGCGCGUGAACAACCGCAAUCAGACGCCGCUGGCGGUGCACAUUAUCACGUCCAAGCGCGAUGACCCGCUGAUCGCUGAGAUGCUGCUGCAACACAAGACGGACCCGAACGGCCCGCUAGGCAACAGCACGCUGCUGCACAAGGCGGUGGACCUAAAGUUUUUCGAGAUUGCUAAUCGUCUCGUGCGCCACGGUGCCCGUCUCGACGUGAAGGAUGCCCAAGGCCGCAUGGUGUUCGAGAAGGUGGAACGCAAGGUGCUUCGCCAGCUCUGCGCGAAGAUCUCGUACCCGCCGGUGUGGGUCCCCAACACGGAACGCAAGGACUGCAUGAUCUGCCAGCGAACGUUCAGCCGUCUGGGUGUCGGCGUGCGCCGUCACCACUGUCGCCACUGCGGCCGCCUGAUCUGUGGCCGCUGCUCGCACGUGUCCGUGGAGAGCGAGGCAUUCCCGACCACCUUCAUUGGCCACAUUGACCGCAAUCCGUCGGACGAGCGCUCGAACCUCAAGCGCGUGUGCAAGACGUGCAGCAGCGUAUUUGAUGAGCGCGCCAAGGAGGCUAAACAGGGCGGCGGCAACCGCAAGUGGUCGGACGCCUUCAUGGACCGAGUCGUCGGCUGCUCCUGGGACGAAAUCGAGCGCAAGGACAGCAACAACAACCUUGGAGGUGGCGCUGGCUGGCCGUCAUUCCCAAAGCGGCGGAGCACCAAGAGCUCGUUCAUCAUGCGCUGUUGUCAGAUGGUCAUGGGGCCUGCGGGCACCGGCAAGUCCACGUACUGCAACAACAUGCACGAGUUCUGCGCGGCGUCUGGGCGCAUGACGUACGUCGUGAACUUGGACCCGGCGGCGGACAACUUCGACUACCCCGUGGCCUUCGACAUCCGCGACCUGAUCAGCGUGGAGGACGUGAUGGAGGAGCUAGGCUACGGCCCUAACGGUGGUCUCAUCUACUGCAUGGAGUACCUGGUUCAGAACCUCGACUGGCUGCAGGACUUGCUGAGCGAGUACAGCGACGAAGACUACUUCAUCUUCGACUGCCCAGGCCAGAUCGAGCUGUACUCGCACCUCCCAGUGAUGAAGCAGCUAUGCGACUCACUGAAGGACUGGGGAUUCAACAUUUGCUGCGUCUACUUGAUCGACUCAUUAUUUAUCGUUGACCCGACCAAGUUCAUAUCCGGCGUGCUCUGCUCGUUGUCGGCAAUGGUCCAGAUGGAGCUUCCGCACAUCAAUGUGCUCACCAAGUGCGAUCUGGUAGACGAGAAGGAGAUGUCCAAGUACUUGGACCCGUCCGAGGGCUACCUCCUCGAAAACCUUGCGAACUCUACCGACCCGAAGUGGCGUCCUCUUAGCUCGGCAAUCUGCAACGUGAUCAACGACUUUAGCAUGGUGGCGUUCGUCCCGAUGAACAUUAACCGCGAGGAGAGCAUUGAAACCGUGCUCAUGCACGUGGAUCACGCCAUUAACUACGGCGACGACUUGGAGCCUCAGGAGCCCAAAAGCCAGGAGGUGGACGAGUAG